GUAUACUUUGUAUAUCUAAUCGAAAUCUCGUGUCAAUGCUGCAGCUGCAAAACCUGCUGGAUCAUUGAGCAUUGCCUACAUUAUUAUUAUUAGGUAAAAAAUAAGAUUAUAUGAGACGUUUUGCGCAUGCGCGUGAAUCGAAUACUUAGCUGGUGUCUCACGUAAUAGGCGCGCAGUAUGGUGUGACACUUUACUGGUAUUUAGAGGAACCGUGCUCCUAUUUUUCUAUUCUUUUCUUUACUUCUCUUUUCUCAUUUCUUUUCCCCUUCCUCUUUCUUGAUUCUUCUUUUUUAGUUUCUUCUUUCGUGUGUACGCAUUAUUCUGUCAUUCUUUCAUCCGUUUACACGCGCACACGUGCCACAUCUGCAUUAACAUGGUCAAGUGCACGAAAAAUGAGAAAGUAGCGCCGCAACGGAAAGCUUCUAAACUGAUCAAACAGCGUCAUAUAUACAGCAUGUUUAUUAUACUUUUAGCGGUAUUGGAAUUCGGGACUAUUCCUCAGCAGGGUAUCGGCUUUUAUUGCAAUGAUCCAAAAAUUUCCUUUAAGUUUAUGGGAGACACGAUUUCUAUGACCUGGUUGUUAAUCGGAAGUCUUUUAAUCCCAGUUUUAGUGAUAUGUUUAGCAGAAUACACGUGCCAUCCGGCAAGUAGCUACAAUAAAGAAUUGGGAUGUGCUGGUUCUAGGGCGAAACAAAUAUGGUUAUGGUAUGGUCAUUAUGCAAUUGGAAUGACUUCCUUGGUAGUUAUAUGCGAGGUUAUCAAAACUUUGGUCGGAGAACCCAGACCUCACUUUUUGGAUACAUGCAAACCACGUGAAGCUGAAAAUUGUACCGAUGAAUAUGUGGAAACAUAUACAUGCACAAAUACGAUCGAUUCAACCUGGUUUGUCUCGGAUUCCAGCAAAUCAUUCCCAUCUGGUCAUUCUGCCCUUUCCAUGUUUGCCUCUAUUUUUAUCGUGUGGUACUUACAAAACCGUUUGCCAAACCGGACGUUUUUUUUGAAACCGUGGCUGCAAUGUAUGGUGUGUUUGUGGGCUGUGAUAUGCUCUGUAACCAGAAUCAGUGAUAAUAGGCAUCACUGGUGGGAUGUGCUAGCAGGGGAUGUCCUAGGACUCAUUUUAAGUGUGCUAACGGUGACAGUGUCAUGCCGCAAGUUUCGCUUCAAUGCAGACGUGUCGCAAAUCUUCAACGAGCCCUUAGAGAACGGUCAAAUUGGCUUCAACAGUAAACGACAGGAGAACGUGAAGCAAUUGUUGCACGAAACAACCGUUGAUCUUCAAGAAACUCGUGAAUUGAAGAACGUCAAACCAACAUCUUGGAAAGAAUAAUCUGAAAGAAGCAAGCUUUGCCUUUCUUAUACUCAUUCAAAUUUAUUUAUUUUCGUUGGUUGUCAAGAAAGUACAUUGGUGUAACUAGAGACCAGUAUACUUCUCAUGUGAGAAAUUCAGAAUACUUUUAAUUUCCAAAUUGGAAAUUUAGUAAUUUAGCGGUAGCAAAUUUAGUAGUAGCAAAUCCUUGGUUAAAAAUGUCCAAGUUACUAAAUUUUUAAGUAUCCAAAUCGCUAAGUUGGCACAAACAGAAAGUGUAGUUACGCCAGUGGGAAAAAGAAUCAUUUCAAUGACUAGUCCAGAAAAAGAAAAAAGAGAAGGUUAACAAUAGAAUAAUUUUAAGUAGCGUACGAUUACCACUAGUGGUAAAAGGUAUUUCCUUGUUUUGAAAUGGUGAAAGCCGUUGAAAGCAAGUAAAACGUGUUUCGCCAGUUUUUUGAGCGCUUUGAUUUAUAGCAAAAAGCAUGGUAAAAUAAUCAAUAAUUCCUUUCGAUUUUUAUGAAACUGUUAAUACAAGUGACCGUAUUAAUUGAUUAUGAGACACAAUCUAGUAACAUUCCUCUUAGUAAAGAUUGAAAGCAUGAAAAUGAAUUUGAAGCAAAAAUGUAAUUUAAUUUUACAAUUGCAAAAUUAGAAGAUGUUUAUAUUUUCUUUAAGCCAAUUAUCAAAAAUAAAACUUUUGAUAAUUUUUAAAGGUAUAUCUUAAUUGUAUUUAUUUUUUUUUAAUUAGAGCAUUAUUUAUCUAUUUUACAGAAUUAUAAAAUGUUUGUUUUAAUGAAGCUUUACAUACAAAUACUAUUUAUUCAAUGAUUUAAUUAUUGGUCUUAUUGUUAAAAAAAAUUGUUUUACUUUGAAGUUGAAGAAAAUUUUUAUUUUCAACAGUAUUGUUUAGAAGUACUUACAUGUUAAUACGUGGACAAAAUUGAAAGAGGUUUUAUUUCAAUCACCUAAAAGUAUAUCAGUUUAUUUAUAAUAGUACAAAUAUACCGUUCAGCAUUAAUGGUUCCGUCCACGGAUACUACAUUAUUCAGAUAUUGCAAUUUUUGAUUGACCAUAAUUAUAAAUAUUUUCAUUCAAUAAUAAUUGUCUGUUGUAUAAUUAUGUAAAGUUUCAUUAAUAAAUAAUUGUCUCAAAUUUAGCUCCAUACAAGAACUUUUAGUCUAAUAAUAAAAUUUGAUUCUGUAAUUGUACAGAAGGAUUCUGUAAUUGUAUGAAAAGUAUUGUAAAAGAAGCAAAUUGCUGUCACAUAGGUAUUACGGUACCAAGUGAAUCAUGGUACAUUUAAAUGAUAUUAUUGUAAAUAAAUAAGAAUUAGAAAAGAAUUUGCUAAAAACUCAAAAUUCUAAAUUGAAAGUUUUUAAACCAAUGUAAAUAAAAUAGAGUAUUACAAUUUUUACAAGUAGAAUAUUUUUAUAAGGAAGUGUUAGUAUUUUAAUAAGAACAAAAUGAUUUAAAAAUCCUCCAUCUACUUAUGGAUCAAAGAAUCCUACAUGAAUUUUGUAAAACAUGCACAAGAUUUCUGUACUGAUGAAACUUAAGGUAUGGUGCAAAAUAUAAUUGUAAGCACAAGUCAUUAUAUUCAAAACAAUAAAUUGUAUCCCAAGUCUGUAUUAAGUUAAGGAAAGUAGAUUGUACUAUUUUAUGUGGUAGCUACAAAAAUAGUUGCAAGUUUGAGCUGUGUACCUUUUAAUUUCAGAAUAGAGAUUCCCAGUGUGUUCUAAUAAAAAUACAAAACAAUUGUGAGGUAAUAGAUUGUUUGAACAGGCAAUAAGAAUUUUAUUGAGAAAAGUUUUGAACGUAUGAGAAAUUUUUAUAGCAACCUAACCUUUGGCAUUUCAUGUCACUAAAUUGUUUCUGCAAGGAGUAUACUUUAAAUACUAUGUUAUACAUACAAUUUUUAAGAGUCAUUCCUGUAAAAAACUUCCAAUAUUUAAACACAGUGUGAGUGUUAAACUUUCCUCUAUUAAUUAUAAACUUAUAUUUAACUUUUAAGUAUAGACAUGAAUAGUAUUUCUGAGGGGAUACACUGCUGCAAGUAUUAUAAUUUCAAAUCACAGACUUGUUCAGAACAAAAAGAGAUCUUAAUUACGCUCUCAUAAAUAAAAAUGGAGGUACCAUUUUUUAUUUUCAACAGUUUCGUGAUGAAAAAAAAGUAGAAAUGAAUUGUUCCGUACAGAAAUAUAAAUCUGGUAUAUACGGCAACCGAUAUGUAGAGUAAUACGUUAAAAUUUUAGAUCGAUCGUUUUGUCAGAUUUUUUUUAUUUCUGUCGCAAAAAAAUCUUUCAAAAAAACGCGUCUGCUCGAUGCUUUGAAUUCUGUUGAAAAAUUCAACAAUGUACCUUUAAAGAUUUAUUUUUGCGAAAAAUGAAAACAAAAUUGAUUUUUUUAAAUCUAAUUAAUAGUUAUUUAUUUUGGUAUUGUAAAAUAGUAAAUUACAUGAUAUUCUCGUACAAAGAAAGAAUAGCUUUGUCGUAAUUAAUUCCAUAUUUGCUCAGAUAAAAUCCAGUCUUCUUAAGCUUUAAUUUAUGAUAGCUAUGUACAUAUGUACAUGUUAGAUGAUCCCAAAAGUUUUUUAAAUUUUUUAAAUAAAGUAAUGCAUAAUUCGUAUAGAUCCAAAGACAAAUUUUUGUUUAUUAUUUUUAAUUACUGGGUUUCUGUUUUUAUUAUUAUUGUUUAAGAUAAUAUAUUCCGAACUUCUGGAAUCAUCUAAUAUACCCAGCAUUCCACUCACAUAUAUCGCAGCUACGAUAUAAUCGAUAUGUGAUCCGUAUUUAAUAGAGUACUUCUAGAAAAAGUAAAAAUGUAAUUCGAACAAUUAUUUUGAAACAAGUGUAAAAAAUAAUUAAUUUGCAACUUGUCAGAUGAUUAAGCAUUUAUUCGUUAAUUAUAAUUACAUUCCGAUUGUGAUGCGAAAUUGUAAAUAUUGCGAGUUCUGUGCAAGCGGAACUUCCGGUUGUAGAAAGUAUUGUAAUAUAGUCAUAUUUUAAGUAUGUACCUAAAUUUGUACGUGUAUACAUACAAAUAUAUUUCUGCACGUUUGAAUAUA